UGCUGCGCUUUUCCAGCAACACAUUUUCAGCUCUGAUCUCCAGCAUCUGCAGUCCUCACUUUCUCCUGGAAAAAGCUCUGACCAGUUACACAGCCGAAGAAAAGCAGCACAUCAGUCACAGAGGAUAGAGAUUGAGUGUGGCUUCAACUGACUGUCUAACGGGUCACCCGCACCAUGGAGAAACCGUGGAAGUGUGAGGACUGCGGUAAAAGGUUCACUUGUUCGUCCCGGCUGGAUAUACACCGGCGCAUUCACACCGGGGAGAGGCCGUUCACCUGCUCCGAGUGCGGGAGGAGGUUCACUCAGUCGUCCGGCCUUUCCCUGCACCAGCGGGUCCACACCGAGGAGAAGCCGUUCAGCUGCACGACCUGCGGGCAUGGCUUCAAGUCUUCCUCCCUGCUCACCGAGCACCAGCGGAUUCACACGGGGCAGAAGCCGUUCACUUGCUUCGUGUGCGGGGAGAGGUUCGAUCAGAUAGAUGCUGUCCAGUCGCACCACUACUUCCACACGAAGGAGGGCCCGUACGGGUGCGCGUCCUGCGGGAAGACCUUCAGGCAGACGAGCGACCUCCAGGAGCACCGGCGCACUCACACGGGGGGAGAAGCCGUUCACCUGCCCCGUGUGCGGGAAAGGAUUCCCGUAGUCAUCCCAGCUGCUGACACACCAGCGGGUCCACAGUGUGGAUCAGCCUUUCAGCUGCUCGGUCUGUGGGAAGGGAUUUGCUCAGUCAUCCCAAAUGCUGAGACACCAGCGAGUUCAGAAAGUGACUGCAGGGGUUGGACCCUCCUGUUAAUCAGGAUUGUCCACAAUUGAUAAUUUAACACUGUUAUUGACGUCAUUAACAGUCCCAAUAACAAGCCAGGGUUUAAUGUUCUGUCCAUUGCUCGGGGCUGCAGUGUUUUAUUUUGUAAAAGUGCAAUUUGUUCCCUUCAUCGAAGAGCUCUCACCAGGAACUCAUUUGCAAUAAAAUGAAGAACAUUAACUUCAAACCUGAAUCGAUCUUGGGUGCAAAGUUCAGUUCCGCCAAUGAACAUCUCAUUUGAAUUCUCACCGACAAUUAGAAUCGUCGAGUCAGAGAGAUGUACAGCACAGAAACAGACAAUUUGGUCCAACUCGUCCAUGCUGACCCAGAUACCCUAACCCAAUCUAGUCCCAUUUCCUAGCACUUGUCCCACAUCCCUCGAACCGUUCCUAUUCACAUACCCAUCCAGAUGUCUUUUGAGUGUUGUACCAGCCUCCCACCACUUCC